UUCAUUCAUCCAAAGAACAUAGCAUAUAUACCCAACAAGGAUCAGCGACGUACUGGUACAUCCUUGGACUUUGAAUGGUUAUACCAGGAUGAUGCCUACAGCUGCUUUUAAAAGCAGCAGGAGAUGAUGCCCUCCCCCCGCUGCCUUCCACAGUUUUCUCGGGCAGUCCCGUGCCAUCUGGGGAACCUGAGAAUGCAGCUGGUGUUUCUACCAGCUGACCAUAGAGCUGAUUGGAGGCCAGAAUGGUGCCAAUCAUCUCUAUAGUCUAAGAAAUCGGAAGCUACGAGCAU